AUGAACGAUCCGCAUAGCAAACAAUCUUCUCACCAGGACCGUACAGAUCAUGAUGUACAACUCAAAGAUACGAAUCGAUUAUCGCUACAAAUUACUCAACCAAUAUCCUUCCACUCCAAUCUGUCGGUUCACUUUGGAAACAUAUUAGAAGUUGAUGCAGACUGUAUUGUAAACGCUGCUAACGAAGGCCUGUUAGGCGGUGGAGGCAUUGAUCAUCUUAUUCACCAGAUUGCAGGUUCAGAACUCGCACAGUUCUGUUCUAACCUACCGACCGAUUCUCAAGGAGCCCGCUGUACUGUUGGACAUUCUGUGAUUACACCAGGUUUCAUGUCGAAAUAUAAAUUUAUCAUUCACACUGUUGGUCCUUAUCUUGAUGAGCAAAAUCGAACACAACCGAAAUUACUGGCUGAUUGCUACAGUACAGCAUUCAAAUUAGCUGUAGAUAAUGAUUGCAAAAGUAUCGUCUUCCCAACUAUUGCCACCGGAUUCUACGGCUAUCCGAUGCUGGAAGCUGCGCAAAUUGCUGUCGGAACCCUAAACGCGAUGUUGGAACAGCAAGAAACAGAUUAUUCAAUCAAUGUUUAUAUUACUGUAUUUAAUGAUUUAGAACAACAAAUUUGGAAAAAACUACUGAAUAAAUAG